AUGCCGCCGCGAGUGAGAUAUCCGAAAGACGUAGCUAUCGUCGAGAUACAGCGAAACCCAUACUUCGAUAUCAAGAACCUUGAAAUUCUUGCCAAAUGGUGCCCACAUUGCACUAUAACCGGAGCGUACGCUUGCGGUCUGAACAAACCCGAUCCAAGCGCCAAGGAGUUGAUGGCUGCAUGCGCUGGAGAGAGAAUAGUCGUUCCAUAUCCAGGAUCUAUGAUCAUUAUACACUCCGAUGACUUCACUGAACAAGAAUUCAACGCCUUCUGCCGGAAAAUAGUACAUAUGCAGGCGUGUAUGCCAGCCUUGAGGAUUGUAGAAAACUUCAAUCUGAUAGAAGUAAUCUUGUCACCAAGUCUGCAAAUCCCUGAGGGAGUCAUACUUCUCGAAGUCAGAGACAAUCCACGGCUACCAAUCACCGUCCUCGAAAUGUUGUUGAAACUCUGUCCAGGCUGCAGAAUCUCCUUUGAUGCAGGUCCGAUCACAUAG